AUGAGCGUCUCUCAGCACAUAAGCGAACCCAAAGGCUCUUUUAAGAGCCAUCUGCCAUCUCCCGUCUGCCAUCUCCUGUCUGCCAUCUCUCAUCAUCUGCCAUCUCCCGUCUGCCAUCUCCCAUCAUCUGCCAUCUCUCAUCAUCUCUCAUCAUCUGCCAUCUCUCAUCAUCUCCCAUCAUCUGCCAUCUCCUGUCUGCCAUCUCUCAUCAUCUGCCAUCUCCCGUCUGCCAUCUCUCAUCAUCUGCCAUCUCCCGUCUGCCAUCUCUCAUCAUCUGCCAUCUCUCAUCAUCUGCCAUCUCCCGUCUGCCAUCUCUCAUCAUCUGCCAUCUCUCAUCAUCUCCCAUCAUCUGCCAUCUCUCAUCAUCUCCCAUCAUCUGCCAUCUCCCAUCAUCUGCCAUCUCCCAUCAUCUCCCAUCUCCCGUCUGCCAUCUCUCAUCAUCUGCCAUCUCCCAUCAUCUCCCAUCAUCUGCCAUCUCCCAUCAUCUGCCAUCUCUCAUCAUCUGCCAUCUCUCAUCAUCUGCCAUCUCCCCUCUGCCAUCUCUCAUCAUCUCCCAUCAUCUGCCAUCUCUCAUCAUCUGCCAUCUCUCAUCAUCUGCCAUCUCCCCUCUGCCAUCUCUCAUCAUCUCCCAUCAUCUGCCAUCUCUCAUCAUCUCCCAUCAUCUGCUAUCUCCCGUCUGCCAUCUCUCAUCAUCUGCCAUCUCUCAUCAUCUCCCAUCAUCUGCCAUCUCCCGUCUGCCAUCUCUCAUCAUCUGCCAUCUCCCAUCAUCUGCCAUCUCCCAUCAUCUCCCAUCAUCUGCCAUCUCUCAUCAUCUCCCGUCUGCCAUCUCCCAUCAUCUCCCAUCAUCUGCCAUCUCUCAUCAUCUGCCAUCUCUCAUCAUCUCCCAUCAUCUGCCAUCUCCCGUCUGCCAUCUCUCAUCAUCUCCCAUCAUCUGCCAUCUCUCAUCUGCCAUCUCCCAUCAUCUCCCAUCAUCUGCCAUCUCUCAUCAUCUCCCAUCAUCUGCCAUCUCUCAUCAUCUCCCAUCAUCUGCCAUCUCCCAUCAUCUGCCAUCUCUCAUCAUCUGCCAUCAUCUGCCAUCUCUCAUCAUCUGCCAUCUCCCAUCAUCUGCCAUCUCCCAUCAUCUGCCAUCUCCCAUCAUCUGCCAUCUCUCAUCAUCUCCCAUCAUCUGCCAUCUCUCAUCACCUGCCAUCUCCCAUCAUCUGCCAUCUCCCAUCAUCUGCCAUCUCUCAUCUGCCAUCUCCCAUCAUCUCCCAUCAUCUGCCAUCUCCCAUCAUCUGCCAUCUCUCAUCUGUCAUCUCCCAUCAUCUCCCAUCAUCUGCCAUCUCUCAUCAUCUCCCAUGA